GGAAGCAGCGUGAGGUUACAGAAGUGCUGCAACCUGAUCUUUCCUCUAAACGUUCUCCGCUGCUGUUUGCCGCCUCACAGACAAGAUGUUGAGAAGUGCCUCCGCUCAGAUGUUCAGACAGCUGGUGAGAUACAGGAGUUCAGAAACCAACCUCAUCCUGGAGAGAUCGAUAAACCGUGUGCAGCUGUUGGGUCGAGUCGGUCAGGAUCCCGUGAUGAGACAAGUGGAGGGUCGCAACCCGGUUACCAUCUUCUCCGUGGCAACCAACGAGAUGUGGCGCUCUGGAGAGGGAGAGGUGACCUCAACAGGUGACAUCAGUCAGAAGACGACGUGGCAUCGCGUGUCAGUGUUUAAACCCGGUCUGAGAGAUGUGGCUUACCAAUACGUCAAGAAAGGGUCCAGGAUUCUAGUGGAGGGAAAACUGGACUACGGAGAGUACGUGGACAAGAACCAAGUGAGACGCCAAGCCACCACCAUCAUCGCAGACAACAUCAUCUUCCUGAGCGACAACAUCCGAGACAGGACCUGAAGGAUUUCCCAGCACUUAUGUCUUCGUUUCUUUUGUACAAAAAAUAAGACUGAAGAACCACCAAGUUUAAAGGGACGUGAUUUUUGACCCAGGACAGAAAAUACUGCGACACACUGCUGGUAGUGUUUGACUGUGGCGCCCCCUACUGGUGGAAAUAAAACCCAAAAAAGACAUCAAGCAUCAAGAGAAGCAGAGAAAAAGCUGCUCUAGUAUAUUUACUGUAAACUGUAACUGAUUAUGAUUGUGAUUGUACUUUCAGGUACAUCCGUUCCAAAAAUAUAUAUAUCCCUGUUUUUUGUUUGUACUUAAGUUUUGUGUGUGAGAAUAAUGUCGGAAGCUAGAGGGACACAAUUAUAGCCUUGUUUGGAAAGAUUUUAGAGAUGAAAAUACAACUUUAAAAAAAAAUAAUCCAUCCAGUUUGCCUUUUUAAGUUGAAGUUGAGUUUAAAGAUGUUGUAGCUCUGUUUUGGAGCAACUCGUAUAAGAAGAUCAUGCUCAAAGUUAACAGUUUUUCUUCAUUAUGUGUGAAUUAUAACAACGUGUUACUUGUUUCUGUUAUCUGUGGUUUUACUGUUUGAACUUGCAGCUCGGUCGGUGUCAGACGUUGGUUAAUCGCUCUGUGUUAAAAGAUAAAAAUCACUCUUUUUCAUCA